AUGGCAAGUAUUCACAUCCGACAUCGUUUCGCAUCGGUUGAGCACCCUCAAACUAACGGCCAGGCAGAGGCAGCUAACAAAGUCAUAAUAGAAGGGCUAAGGAGGCGAAUAGAACAAUCCGCCAAAGGAAAGUGGAUUGAGGAGCUGUACUAUGUGCUAUGGGGUUACAGAACCACGAUACAGACCUCUAUCGGGGAAUCCCCAUUCAAGUUAACAUAUGGAUGCGAAACCAUGAUCCCGGUUGAAUUGGGAGAGCAAUCGUGGAGAAAGGUCCAAGCCCUGUCACAAACGGAGGAAGAAAACAAAAAAAAAUAG